AUGGCAGGUCGAAUUAAGUUAUUAAUUCAAAAGCGAACGUCGUUAAAAUCUCAAAUUACGGGUUUAACGAAUCUGGUUGAGAGAGGCAGUUACGAUAAGGCCGCGUUAAGAUUAAGGAUGGCCCGCAUAUCCGACUUGUAUCACGCGUACGAAGAAUUUAACGACGAGCUCGUACUAUUAGAUCCGAACGACACUCAUAAAGACGAAUUCACUAACGUACAGGAAAGAUUUUAUUCACUCGCAAGUAAAGUGGAAGAAAUAGUAAGUUCCACCGUGUCGACCGCGAGUACCGGUGUCAUUAGUAGCGCGUCGCAACCCAGCGGUUCUGAGACCACGGCGAUCGUAAAACGGCGAGUAAAAUUGCCGGAAGCAUCUCUACCGAAAUUCGACGGCCAAUACGAGAAUUGGCUGUCCUUCAAAAAUACUUUUAUCGCGAUGAUCGAUUCACAAACAGAUUUGAGCGAGGUAGAAAAAUUGCAAUAUUUGAAAUCGGCGUUAACGGGCGAGGCAGCUAAUAAAUUAAAGAUUCUAUCGAUCGAAGGCUCAAAUUAUCAAAAGGCAUGGGAACUGUUGAAACGCUCGUACGAAGUAAAGCGAAUAUUAAUUUCACGCCACCUUUCGUUGCUCUUGAACGCACCCGUUUUAGAAAAGGAGACAACCGACGGCUUGUCCAAGCUUGCCGGCGACGCGCAGCAACAUGUAGCAUCGUUAGCCGCGUUAGGAGUUAACGUGGGGUCCGAGAUACUUGUAAACGUACUAGAAAGCAAAUUACCUAAGAUCGUAGCGGAAAAAUGGGAGGAAUCUCUGGAUCGGGACGAAUUUCCGAAGAUCGACGAUCUAUACGAAUUUUUAUAUAGAACCGCAGUUCGUAUAUCUAAGCGUGUUCAUGCAGGAACGACCAAACAAGCCGAGGACAGAUCGACACCUCCCGGGAAAAAGGCGCGGACAUCCAAUAAGGCAUUUGUGGUUAACAUCGCGAAUAAUUGCCCAGUGUGUAAAAAUAAGCAACAUUCGUUAUUUAAGUGUAACAAUUUCAAGCAAUUAUCUGUGCCGAAGCGCAUCGAAUGCGUGAAAAACGCGAUGCUUUGUUAUAACUGCUUACGUUCACAUCGUGGUAAACUUUGCAAUUAUUCGCACUGUAGCAUUUGCCAAGGGCGACAUAAUACGCUUUUACAUCUUGAGAAAACCCAAGUCGCAUCCACGACAACGGACGCGACGGACGUCAAGGGGGUACAAGGCAAAUAA